GUGGCGGACCGGCAUUGCUAUUCUUCUCUCUACUAGCACCAGUAUUCAGAUCUAAAACUAGCGGUCACAUAUAGAACACUCUUGUAACCGCUGUCUGGAAAAAAUGGCAGUACCGGUCCGCCACAGCGCGUCACAAGAUCGGAUUAUAAAGCAAUAAUGGGGGGGGAUACUGUCUUCAUGGUUCCAAUAGUCGGCGCCUUCGUGACAAGUCGGGCCCUAGGAUUCUAAUAUUUUCUGUGGUCCACCACUAUCACUCGGAUCUAGCAGAACUCAUGCACGCCUUAACAUCAUUUCUCAUCUUCGUUAUUGUUUCGACCCUGCAUGUCGCAGCUAGGAUUGACCGUAAAGCCGUCGUUUCUCUUUACAAUCCGUCUCGCAAUGCUUCAAGCCUGACAACUCCCAUGCAAAUUGGUAACGGCAACUUUGCGUUUGGUGCAGAUGUAACGGGCCUUCAAACAUUCUUGCCCUAUGCCAUUAUGUCCUACUGGGGCUGGAAGAACGACACAUUCCCGCCCAACUCAUCUCUGGACGAUAUCGAAAACUACACUGGCGUCAGCUGGUGGAACCAUGAUCGCCUUGUAACUUACAUGUUUGGAGGCGAUCCCUCAAUCGAGCAAUGGCUGAUUGCCAAUCCGAAUCGCGCCAACUUAGGAAGCACUGGCCUCGUAUUUUUCGAUGAAGCUGGUCAGCCUCAGAACGUUACCGAAAAUGAUCUAGUGGACGUCUUCCAAGAACUUGAUCUUUGGACUGGUGUCAUCACUAGUGAAUUCUCAUGGCAAGGCGAGAAAAUCAUCAUCCAAACGAUUUCUGCUCAAGAUCACGAUGCAGUGGGAAUCAAAAUCCAAUCCACUCUCUUACAAACCGGAAGGUUGGGCUUAUUUCUAGAUUUUCCUUGGAAUGAUGGUUCCGCAAAGUUUGAGGCACCCUUCGUCGGAUAUUUUAAUAUGUCUUCCAAGCAUACCACUUCGUUGAGUAUCCAAGGAGGUCUAGGAAGAGGUGCCAACGCCCAAAUCAGCCACACCAUGUACAAUACGACGUUUUAUACUGCUGUCGGCGGGGAUCAAUUUAAUAUCACCCGUGAUUCUCCUACAACGCAUCGAUAUACUCUGCAGCCCAAACUGCUUUCUUCAGCGUUUCAAGUCGUUGUUUUGUACUCUCCGAAUGGUAUGGUCUCUGUACCCACAUUCGACAAUGUAGAACACUCCUCCACAGACUCAUGGAGCAAUUAUUGGGAAAACAGCGGCUUCGUCGACCUUUUCACAGGUUCAACAGAUCCACGGGCUUAUGAGCUACAGAGAAGGAUUAUCCUGUCCAGGUAUCUUAUGAGAGUGAAUGAAGCAGGUAGCACCCCUCCUCAAGAGUCCGGACUUGUGAACACUGGUUGGUACGGUAAAUUUCAUAUGGAGAUGGCUUUUUGGCACCUUUGUCAUUGGGCUCUUUGGGGGAACUGGGACCUCCUCGACCGUCCAAUAAGCAUCUAUUCCCAGUUUCUUGAGAGUUCUAUCGAGCGGGCACAGGUACAAGAACACUGGGACACUGGUGCACGCUGGUCCAAGAUGACAGAUCCAUCGGGACGAUCUGCUCCUGGAGAAAUAAAUGAACUACUUAUCUGGCAACAGCCUCAUCCCCUUGUCUUUGCGGAAUACGAAUAUCGUGCAUUUCCUACGCAAGCAACGCUUCAGAAGUGGAAGAACAUAGUAAACCAGACCGCAAACUGGAUGGCAGACUUCGCAUGGUAUAAUCAGAGUACAAAAGUGUAUGACCUAGGACCUCCGAUGGAAGUUGUUGCCGAAGAUACAAGCCCGAAUAUUACCAUCAAUCCUGCCUUCGAACUAGCGUAUUGGAGAUUUGGUUUGGAUCUGGCAGAACGAUGGAUGAAUGAACUGGGUGAAGAAGUGCCCGGUAACUGGACAAGCGUAAAGAAAGACCUUGCACCAUUGCCUGUUAUAGAUGGGCUUUAUGCCGUCUAUGAGGGGAUGCCCAGCGACUUCUGGGAUACACCCACCUUCACAAAUGAUCAUCCCGAUUUAGUCGGCUUGUAUGGAUGGUUACCCAAAACCGCAGACGUCGAUCUGGACAUCGCAAAACUCACCGCUGAGAAAGUAUGGACACACUGGAACAUAACAAACCUCUGGGGGUGGGAUUUUCCAAUGCUUGCGAUGUCUGCCGCUCGUAAUGGCGACACCGAAAAGGCUAUUGAAUGGCUUCUCCAUCCCUUGUUUCAAUUUGAUGAUGUCGGGAUGCCGAUCGGAGGUGUCAGAGUGCCUACCCCUUAUUUCCCGGGCUCCGGAGGUUUACUUUAUGCUAUUGCUAUGAUGGCUGCAGGGUGGGAUGGCAACAAUGGUUCAACUCCUGGAUUCCCUCAAAAAGGAUGGAACGUACAGGUGGAAGGUGUAAGCAAAGCGUUAUAGGGCCUAUAUCACCACUUCAUGACAAUAUUUAGUUCAUUGCUGUUAUGCUUGAUGUAUUUUCCUGUAAGAUUAAAGCAGUUGUAUUAUAUGACGUGACGAGGACUAUAACCAAAGAGUAGCGUAUACAAGAAGCAUGAAAAGCAUAUC